CCAAGAGCACGGCUGAGUCUUGAAUUUCUCGAUCCAUACUUUUGUAAUCAAUUCUCCAAUAAAUGGCACAACAUUUAUUUAACAAACUGGUUACCACAACCUAGAGCUUAGAAUCCCACACCAAAAUGAAGCAAUCAGAUUUGUUGACAAACCUACCAUCAGACAUCAUCAUCGACAUCCUCUCGAGACUCCCCAUCCCAACCAUCAUCCGAUGCAAGUCCGUGUGCAAGCCAUGGCUCCAUCUUCUCCGAUCCCACGAAUUCGCCACCCACCAUCUCUCGACAUCCGCACCAGCCCUCGCCGUCUUCCAGUACAAGAUCACCUCAGAGUUGUACGAUAUCUACGAAUUCGAAGAUGAUGAUCAGCACUACAAGCUACUCACGAGCUUCAUGCCCCCUUGUCGUGGAAUGAUACAAGGCUCCGCCAAUGGCUUCCUUGUCCUGCGCGAUCUAAGCCUCAGGCCUCAUGGUCUUUCCAUAUGCAAUCCGAUCACCCGCGAAUAUAUGGAAAUCCACUCACCUCCAGAGUUCGACUACACGUAUCCUCAAGUAGCAGCGUUCGGAUUCGGAGCGAGCAGAAUAACCGGCCAACAUAAGGUGGUUAGGGUUUUCCAUGGUCGAGAAAUACCCGAGUGCCACGUGUACACCCUCGGAACGGGAUCAUGGAGGAGUGUAGCCUCUUCUGCUCCGUUGCGGUACGGUAAUGGCUCCAUCGGGGAGUUUUUGAAUGGGAAUCUUCACUGGCUGGUGUUUGAUUCAAACGGCAAGCCGUGGAUUUCUUGCUUUGACCUUGAAACCGAACUUUUUAGCAUCAUCUCUCCGCCUCUUCCUCUGCGGACUCAGCGGUGGCCCGUGGCCGGCGUGUUUGCUUUCCAAGAUAAGCUGUGUGUUUGCGACAAUUCAUCUGAAGACGAGAUUGUGGUGUGAUUGGAGAAGGAAUACGGAGAUGAGAAAUCUUGGACCAAAGAAUAUGUGAUGGCCAAAACUGAGGAUUUCAUUGGGGAAUGUGAUGUUCGACCUAUAAAAAUGUUCGAAGAUGGCGACGUCUCGAUGGCGUGGGGAGAUUUCUUCCUCUUCCACUAUUCUAGCAAGACGAAAGCUGUUUCGGAGAUGAGAAUGUUCGAAGCUCGUGGCAGUUGCGCUCUAGAUUUGAUACCUUACACUUGCACUUUUCUCUCUCUCAACAGUUUCGGGAUACAAAAUGUUAAUUCCUUCUGAAUUCUUAUUACUCAACAUCACUGUCUAACAAUAUCAAGAAUAUGCUAU